CUGAGUUGCGCUUAUACACGGAAAGGCGAUGUAAUUCUAAUUAGACUCGUAAUCUCUGCUGCCCGACACAGUACAGGUUUUAUGUUUGAAGAAAUUUCUUCCUGAUAACAUACCACAAAAAAAUUAAAUAAAUCAUUAUUUAAACGCAACUGAAUACAAAAAAAUGCAAAAACGGGACGAAAAUUGAACCAAUAUUGGAAGCGAAAUGUCAGGUGAAAGAACGGGAUCAAACCGCCUGAAAGAGAAAACGCCAAGAAUAAUUGCAUAACCAGAGCAGGGAAGGUUUGACGACCAUUUUGUGACGUUGAUGUAGUUCUUGAUCAAACAGUCUUGAUUUUUUUUAGAUGACCUUAGUUUCAUCUCCAUCUGAUCUCUGCCAGAAGUGUCGGUAUUAUUGUGUUUUACGAACUGUUCUACGCUAAAACUUGUAGAUUUCUGUUUGAGUACUGGAGUUAAAUACGAAAUGGAAUCCGGAGAAAAAUGUGAAAAAUCAAGAGACAAAAGAUCUUGGUUUAAAAGACGUUCAAAAACUGAGAGGAUUCUUCUGGCGUUAACUGCCAUUUUCAUUCUUCUCUGCGUGGCUCUUGUUUGUGUUGUUGCAUACUUAUCGAUAACUAUGUCCACUGACGAACACGUUAAAGUCUGUGAUAAAUUAGAAUGCGUAAGAGCAGCUGCUAGAGUUGCAGAUGGAAUUGACUUUUCCGUAAAUCCAUGUGACAAUUUUUACGAGUACGCAUGUGGAGGCUGGAUGAAAAGUCACGUGAUACCAAGUGACAGAUCUUACUUGGCUACUUUUAGUGUUUUACGCGACACAAGUCAAGUCAAAAUAAAACAGCUGCUGGAAGAGAGUGUUACCAAAGAUGAUAUCGAGGCAGUAGUUAAAGCAAAGAAUCUUUACGGGUCCUGUAUGAAUACAACCCAGAUAGAGGGAGAUGAUAUAUCUGUGGCACUGCCACUUUUAAAGGAGGUCGGAGGUUGGCCGAUACUGGGGAAGAACGAGGGAGGAAACUGGAAUGAGGAGAACUUUUCUCUGGCUUCCCUCAUCGCCAGUAUCAAUAAAUACAGCAAUGUACCAUUCAUAUAUCCCUAUGUUUUUGUGGACAGUAAGAAUAAAAGACAGAAAGUAUUGUACCUAGACAACCCUGGUUUUAUUAUGCCGGAGCGGAACCACUACAAACAGCCCAAGGACAGCAAGCUGAUGAAAGCUUACGUGGAGUUAGGGGUCAACGUUAUGUCGGAAUUUGGAGCCAGUAAGGAAGAUGCAGUGAAAGCAAUGGAGGACAUUCUAGAUCUAGAGAUCCAGUUGGCAAAUAUAUCCACCCCUCUGGAGGGACGAAGGGACAACGAAAAGCUGUACAACAAAUUUACCAUCGGGGAAAUGAAAAUGAACAUCACAGAGUCAGAGGAGCUAGGAUUCACGUGGUUUGAUUAUGUCCACCAUCUGCUUCAGAUAGAUGGUGUCAAAUUUAACGUCAGUGAAAUGGAUACAGUGAUCGUAAAAGACCUGGAAUAUAUGAAACGUUUAAUACCUACGUUAAUGCAAUUCUCAAAGAGGACCAUAGUAAAUUAUGCUGUUUGGAGGCUGAUGAAGAAUCGAGUUCGAGACCUUCCAGAAAGAUUUAGGCAGUAUUUGGGGGAGUUUUAUCAGGUUUUGUACGGAUCGUCCCACAUCCGGUCCCGCUGGCGGAAGUGCGUCGCGCUGGCUGUGGAUUAUAUGGGACUACCCAUCGGUCGUCUCUUUGUACAGAAACACUUUGAUGAAGAGGCAAAAUCUGGUAUCAAUGAUAUGACAGGAAACAUACUCAAUGCAUUUAAAACGAUUCUGUCCGAGCUGGAUUGGAUGGACAAAGACACCAGAGAUGUGGCAGAAGAAAAGGCUCAUUACAUGAAGAGGAGGAUUGGUUACGAUGACGAUAUUCUGUAUGACGACCUUCUGAACAAAAGAUAUAAAAAUAUAACAAUACAACCGGAAAACUACUUCGAAAACGUCCUUUCACUCUUGAAGAGAAUUGUUAUAGACGACUUGUUGGAACUGCGUUAUUUACUUUACCGAAUGAAAUGGGAAACGCCCCCGUCCACAGUGAAUGCAUUCUAUAGUGCUGACAGAAAUAGGAUCAUGUUUCCGGCGGGUAUACUACAAUCGCCAUAUUAUAAUAAAGAUUACCCCAGAUCCCUGAAUUACGGAGGGAUAGGGACGCUCAUUGGACACGAAAUCACGCAUGGAUUUGAUGACAGGGGGAGACAGUACAACAAAAACGGGGAGCUUCACGAGUGGUGGAGUCAGAAGUCGGUAGAGAAAUUCAAAGACCUCCAAUCAUGUUUCAUCAAACAGUAUGGAAAUUUCUCGUAUCCUGAGGCCGGCGGACUGAACGUGAAUGGGAUAAUAACACUAGGUGAAAACAUUGCAGACAAUGGAGGUGUUCUACAGAGUUACAUAGCAUACCGGAAUUUUGUUUCCAAAAGGGGCAGAGAAGAAGAACCACUUCCGGGACUUAAUAUAACACAUGACCAACUAUUCUUCAUCAAUUUCGCUCAGAUUCGAUGCACCAUCGCACGAAAGGAGAAUGCGAUAAACCAUUUAAUGACGGGACCACACAGUCCCUCCAGAUUCAGGGUGACUGGGACUCUCCAAAAUCUCCCCGUGUUCUCGUCAGCAUUCCAAUGUCCGAGAGGCAGCUAUAUGAAUCCUACUCACAAAUGCAGGAUUUGGUAGAUUUUUUUUUUAAAAAUUGGAAUUUACCGGGUGUCACCUGCAAGUUCAAUAUUCAAAAACAAGACAAUAUAAUGUUUUCAUCUGUAAAGACUCAUCAUCUAUUCAUUUAAUAGAAUCAUUUUGAAAGUGUUUAACCUAUCCUUGCUUUGUCUUGAAAAUGAUCCAGCAUUGUUUGUUUCAAUUGGUGUAUGUUGAAAUAAACUUCCGAAAAUGUGA